AUGAAGUUCCUCGCUCUCGUCGUCCUCGCCGUCGCCGCCGUCAUCCCCGCCCAGGCCUGCAAGUGCAUCGACAUCGGCGGGUCCCAGGACGUCGGCAACACCCAGAGCUGCUGCGCCGCUCUCAACGGGUCGUUCCAGGACGGGAACGACUGCGCGGCCGACUCCAUCUCGGAGCGCCUCAGCAACUUCAGGUCGUGCUGCGUGAGCCUCGGCAGCGAGACCUCCGACUGCAACUUCCCGUGA